AUGGUUUCGUUCUCCCUUAUCAUUUUCUCAGGUGAAAUCUUGCUGAGCAAGCAAACAACUGGUGAAUUUUUUGAGUUAGAGCCAUUUAACUACAUGCUAGGGCCCUCUAUUGAAAUCAUGAUACAAGUAGGGGCGAGAUUUCCUCCUUGUAUGCGACCAGUAGAAUCAAUGCCAGCUGAUGAACGUUAUGUGUGCGAUAACAAUGAUACUCUGACUACUUCAUCACCAGGUCAAUCUUUAUUAUUACUUGAUCCCGUCGUGGAUUUGGCAGAUCCUAGGUUACUGAAUUCAAGUUGUUCCCUUUCAACGAUUUGCGGCAUGACAUCUUUUCACGAAGACAAUAUACCCGAUCAAACUUAUCGUUUGGUUUCACCGCUCUUUAUCCAUACAGGGCUUAUACACUUGAUAAUUAAUAUGGCGUUCUUGCUGUUACUAGGAAGACAAGUAGAAAGGGUGGUCAACUGCUUAAGGUUUUCUAUACUAUUUUUCGGUUCGGGCAUAUUUGGACAUGCUCUAGGAGCCAAUUUUGCGCCUCCUACUACGCCUUUUUUGGGUUGUAGUAGCUCAUUAUUUGGAUUUAUCGGAUUCUUGUAUAUCGACCUUGUUGCAAAUUGGAAACGAUUAGAACAGCCUCUACGGUAUCUUAUCCAAUUAUUGCUCGGUACAGCAUUUAGUUUUAUCAUUGGAUUGCUACCUGGGUAA